CCCAAGAUGGAUACUCAACGGCUACCAGUUCACAGGCACAGUCACGAAGAAGACCCACAGAACGCAGGUCUUCAUACAGUUAUUCACGAAGAAGACGGACACGAUAAGUCGGUUUUAAAGAAGGUGAAGGCCAAGGCAAAGAAGUUAAAGGACACCAUCAUGCAUGGCCAUGGUCAUGGCCAUGGCCACGAUCAUGAACACGACGAAGAAGAGGAGGAAGAUGGAGAAGAAAUGGAACAAGAUCCGGAAGUUCAUGGACCACCCGCGGCGGCUCGGGGCGUCCUGGCACCGCAUGAGGAUAAGUCGGGGCAAUCGAGGGCUGGUUUGGGUACUACGCCGCAGUUAGCGCACCUGGAGAAAGAUCCACAGGCACCAAAGGACCGACUUGAGUCAUCUGAUCCUGGAAAUUAUCAGACCAAAGUAACUGAUCCUGCUGGCCCAGGUGGGAAAGAAGCGAGGGUUACCCCAUUGAUCAGUUCGUUCGGAAAGAUGGAAGUUUUAGAGGAACCAGGUGAACAUAAACCGUGGUCGUCGUCUACCGGAAGCCACGAUCAGUUCUCCCCAGAUUUACCUCCCACUGAAACUAAAACUAUCGGAGUAAAUACCCAAGCAGUCCCGAAGAGCCUCAACGAGAACGAAACAGACAAUCAGUCACAGGCCAGUAAAGUCCAGGAACAACCAAACCAGAGCAGGGCAGAAGGUGGAGAAGCGAAUAAGUCAGCUACAUUGGGUGAACGUGGCCGUCUGGUUGCUGCGACGGUGACGGAGAAGUUAGCCCCAGUGUACGAGAAAGUUGCAGAAGCUGGAAGUGCGGUGGUGUCAAAGGUGCAGGGAACAGGGACAGGGAAGGAGAGAGAAGGAGAGCGUGUUGGAGGAGCUGGUAAAGGGGUUUCAGUGAAGAAAUACGUGGCGGAGAAGUUAAGGCCAAGUGAGGGAGAUAAAGCGCUCUCUGAGGUUAUAUCGGAUGCAUUGCAUAAGCGAAAGGGGAAGGAGUCGCAGGCGAUGGGGAAGGUAACGGAGUCGCCGGAAGUGGCUAGGCGAUUGGGUUCCGAUCGAAAGGAUGACGCGCCCGAGGGAUUUAGCUCAAGCAAUGAGGUAGGAAAGGGCAUGGUGGAAAGGUUUAAAGGAACGGUUAAUUCUUGGUUGGGGAAGAACGGGGAGCAACAGCAGCAUCAACCCACAUCGCAGGGGUUGCAGAGCUCCUCUCCUGUUGACGACGAGGUCCGUCAAGACAAUGCGGGUGAAAGGAAGCUUAAUGAGUCUACCAACUGAUGAUAGAUUUAGAUGAUGGU